UGUUGCGCUGCACGGGCGUACACCAGGACUAGUCUACGGUGAAUACUCGAUGAUAGCUGACCAGUGGCAACGGCUACCGACGCACGACGCAAGUGUUUGACGCUGAAAUAGCGCAUCACCAAAACCGGUAUUGAUAUUUUCACAGCGCACAUUUUGGGGCAAAAUCGCAGAAAAAAAAAUUAAGAAAAAUUUAAAUUUACGAAAAUUACACAAAAAUAUUUAAGGUGACAAAGUGAAGAAUGUGGCUACACUAAGGUAGCUUUGUGUUGAAAAUAUUGGUUGAAAAGCUAAAGCACCUCAAGUUCAGUAGAAAAUUCUGUGCACGUGCAAGGAAGGCUGUAUAGCCAGCGGUACCGUGGUGUGGUACGUAUAACGGGUGUGUGUUUGUCCGCUGUAUAUAAAGUUUUCCGCACAUACAAUUCGACAAAGCUGCGUGUCAGUGCGUUAUCAUUGUGUUCUUACUUUCUCGCUUCCAUUUCUUUCUUGCCACAAAUUUUAAACGUGUGCGGUUCUUCGUUCGUGAGUUUUACGUGCGUGUUGCGUUAUUUGCUUUUGUUUUUGUAACGCUAUCUUUUAGCAUUAAAACGUCAAGUCCCGUUGUGGCACCUUGAAAGCGCGCAGUGUUGCGUGAAAAGUCGGAAAAUAAAGGCGGAAAUCCUAAAAGUAUGCAAUAAAAAUAUGAAAACUGUAAUUUCGCGAAAUAAAAAGUGUGUUGUUGCAAAGGUGUAAUAAACAAAAAAAGAACAGCAACAACAACAACAAUUACAACUUGACACCUUUUUGCGCGUCCAUAAAUCAAAAAGUGCAUCCGCUUGCGUGUCACGCAUGGCACGCGCUCACUAAAACAACACAUUGCAGCGCUCUAUGCAGUACAGUGCAGUGUGAAAAAAAGUGCAAUUCACAUACACAAUCGCUGCCGUUCCGGUUGUUGCAACACAAACAACAAAGCAACUCUGCAUUUAUUAUUCAUAAAGUCAAAUAUAACAACAACAAGCAGCACACGGUGUAACAGUGCUUUGCAAUAUGAAUAUCUAAAAUAAAAUAAACACAGCAAAUAAAAAACAAACAGCAAACGUACUUGAGUACUCGAGUUUUGAGUGUCACACGCCUGCGAGCGCAUUUCGUUGCAUACUUUUCAGCGUCCGGUGCGCUUUGUUGCCGCUUACAUAUAUACAUGUACAUGUAAACAUACAAAAUAUAGCAUUGUGUAGUGAGACACAACGCGCUGUUAACCUAAAUAUUCACGACAAGCAGCAAAAGGCGCAAAAGAAAAAAAACAACGCUCGCUUGAAAUAAUGGCAGAAAGUCAAAAAGCUGUGCCACAUAAAGUGUCAUUGCCAUUCGUGUUGUUGUUGUUCGGUGCAUAAGAAAAUUUGUAUAAUCGUAAUUAAUACAAGUGCAAAUGCUAUAAAUCACAGUGUGCUAAAAAACUGCUAAAAGCUUACAAAAAUUGCUCAUUUGUGUAUGUGUGUAAGUAGCAGCGCUAUUUGAUUUUGUGUAAUUUACUACAUUGUAUAAAGCAUACAAUUUUAUAAAAAAGUACAUAAAUUGAAAUCUGUGUCAACGGAAGUGUGCACAGAUAAAUUUUAAUUUUUAUUGCAUAAUAAAUCAACGCAUUACCCUUUUGGUGGUGUUAAAUUUUGAAUUAACAAAGAAAUAGUUUGUCAGUGUCACGUGAGCUGCAAAACACACACAAAAGUGCCGGAACAAUUGCGGAUCAAUGGACCUUUCUUAUAAACCAAGGCACAAUAAAUCGAGCAUUAGUAAAGGUAACAACAAUCAUCAAUACAUAUGAAAGAAAAUUAAUGCAGAAUGGCAAUGACAGCAUAAGCCACAACUAAAUGAAAUAAACUGCGCACGCCGAAGGCAAACAAAAACAGCACAAUCAUUUUGAGAUUUCGCAAGGAGCACAUCUAAAGCUACACCAAAAGUCAUAUCGAGUUACAAAGAAAUCGCAUAACAAUUGCAGCUGAUUAUUUGGAAUGCGAAAAUAAAUUGUUGCAUGCAUACCAGUGAGAGUGGCAGCAAAAAACGCGCAACUGAAGCGGAAGAACAAAAAACACAGUUAUCUAUAUAUGCGUGUGUGCGAGCAAACUCAUUUAUCAAAUCAGGAGGAUAGUGCGAGCGCACAAAAAACACAAAGACACUGUGGGAGAAAUACAAAUAAGAUUACUUCGGCAAGGCGAAAUAUUCAAUACAAUGCAAAUAAAAACCAAAUAAAAACUAACUAAAGUACUUGUGCUUGCUACAAAUGAUAUUAAUGCCACAAAGCAGCAAGUAAGCAGCGAGCGCAGAGAGUGCGGGGGAAACGUGCGCACAAUAAACAAGCAAAUUCGGGAGAUGGCAGAAAAACGCAAGGGCAAAGGCAGCAGCUGAAGCAGUCCUUCGUCCUUUGAGGGAAAGCAAGAAAGCAAGCAAGCAAAGAAAUUUGUAAGCAUAGCGAUUUUCACAUGAAAAAUGAUGUUUAUAUGAAAUUAUGGUGAAAAACAUGAAAUUCGAGUUAUUGCAUACGAGCCAAAGAGCUAUAUACUCAAUGCAAUAACAACACAUUAUUAGGUCAAAUAAAAGGAAAAAGCAAAGAAGUGAAGAAGCGCUAACAAAAGCAACAGAUAUGCUUGGAGAAGCCAAGGAAGUGAAAUGAAAAGCGCAUGAUGACAAGAAGAACGCUCUGAAAAAAUGCUAAUGUAAUAACUGUAACAUAGUAAAAACAGAGAGAGAGAGAAAGGGAGAGCACACAACAGAAACAAAAAAAGUAACGGCAGCGCCACAAAAGCGUGGCGACAUACAUACAUUACUGCCAAAUCGAGAGCAGUCAGGAGAAACGACACAAAAAAGUUGAAGGCUGCCGCACCAAAAAAGUAAGAAAGAAAGAUAAAGGUGGAAAGAAAGGAAAGGAAGAGGGAGCACAACGCUUCGUGCUUUUGGGGGCAGGCAAAUCUGUACAACAAACAGAAGACAUUAUUGUCGCGACAAGCAAUACAAAUAUAAACAACGUCGAGAGGGUGUAGGCAACACACGGGCGACACAACAACACACAGCAGCAUUUCUUCAACGCUGGCAAUGCAAAAUUUAUGCUCAACGUUACAACAACUUAUCGGCCGUACUGCUUCUUGCUGCGACUUCAGUUCAAAAACACAUUAACCCUAAUGAGUGAGCGUACCAGCGCACAAGUCGAGACCAAACUACUGCAACAACAACAACUAGUGUAAAAUCUUACGGCAUUUUACACAGGCUUUAUCAGCAAGUGUCCGCUUGACUGCCACCUUGGUGUGUGUGUGUGCGCUGAAGUGCUGUUAGUUGGUGCUGGUGUCGUUGCCGCGCCAAAGUUUCUUCACGUAUUUUACAUACACAAAUGUCACCGAUAUUAAUGCCAAUGCACAUGCUCGAAAUUCGGAUAAUACUACUUUGCUUGCCAUCGAUACUACUGGCGACGACGUUGGAGCCAGAACAAAAAUCUAUACUCACCGAUAGUGACUGGAAGAAGCUAUGGAUGCGAGGCGGUAUAAAUCCAGAUUCAAAAUUGGAUAACAAUCUCGACACAAGCGACAGUCCGAUGUUCGAGGAUAGUGAGAUGGCGCACAACACGACCGUCCAAUUGGGUGGCACCGCAUUUCUGGUUUGCAAAGUGACCGGCGUGGAUAGAGUGGGUGUAAACUGGAAUCAAAUUUCUUGGAUACGACGACGCGACUGGCACAUCCUUUCAUCCGGCGCUCAACUCUACACCAACGACGAACGCUUUGCGAUACUGCACGCGCCCGGCUCCAACAUGUGGACGUUGCAGAUAAAAUUCGUGCAGCGGCGAGAUCACGGCAUGUACGAGUGUCAGGUAUCAACGCCGACAGGCAUCAUUUCGCAUUUUGUAAAUCUGCAAGUGGUCGUACCCGAGGCAUUUAUACUGGGCUCCGGUGAGCUGCACGUCGACAUGGGAUCCACAAUAAAUCUCGUCUGCAUAAUUGAAAAGAGUCCAACUCCACCACAGUAUGUAUAUUGGCAGAAAAACGAUCGCCUUAUUAACUACUAUGACACGAGGCGUGACAUUUCAAUCGAGACCACACCUGGACCACGUACACAAAGUCGCCUCAUCAUCAGAGAGCCACAAAUCACCGAUUCUGGAAAUUACACCUGCUCGGCCAGCAACACGGAGCCAGCGAGCAUUUACGUUUUCGUGUCAAAAGGCGAUAAUAUGGCGGCUAUAUCACGAAAAACUUCCUCGGCCGAUCGGAUUGCAGCGAUAUUCAAAUAUCUUCUGGCCCCUUGUGUGCUGGUGAAUACGCUGGGUAUAAGGCGCAUUUUUUUAACCUAAGACUUAAAUUAAACAUAACGAAUAAAUUAUAAAUAAUCCUAUUUAAGAUAUUUUCAAUUUAAACUUAAAAACAAAAAAUACAGAAAAAUAUGGAAAAACUAACUAAAAAUACUUAGCAGUAAAAACUAAAUUUUAGCACAAUUUACGAGUAAAUAUGUAUUAUUUAUUAGUGUUCCAGUCAAAAAAAAACCAAAAAAACAUAAAUUAAAUAAAUACAAAACAAAAAACUAAAACCAAAACAAGCAUUAAGUUUCUGCAAGUAAAAAACUGUAAAUAGCGUUAGAAUAUUGACACAAUAAGAAAAAAAACACUUUAAAUUAAAAUAACUGUAAAUUACUAUUUGUGAAACAAAUUCUGUUAUUAGAUUACAGAUUACAACAAACACAGAAAAGAAUUCAUAUGUGUAACCAUAUGUGUAAAUUAAAUUGAUUAAUGGUAUAUAUGUAUGUAUGUGUAAUUACGGUUAAAUUUAGUAUUAAUUUUGUAAUUUAAAUUUCAUAUAAAUUUAGUUGUAAUAUUUUUUGUAUGUAAAAAGCAUUUGACCUGCUCAGUUUGCUGCGCGAAACUUUGUAAAUUUUCAUGGAAGGAGAAAGGAAACAAAAAAAAAAUUAAAAUAAAUAAACAACAACACACAUAAAUUAAUAAUUGCCAUUAAUUGUAAUUAAUUAAAUUAGGGUUUUGUUACACAUUCACGCUUAUCUGUUGAAAUCAAUUAAAGAACUAAGUGAACGUUUAAAAAUACGGAAAUACAUAUGUAUAUGAAAUGAAUUGCAACAUAGAGAGCGGGCGGCCGGUCAGUUGAUUUAGAGCGAACUGAGGUGAGGAGACAUUUAUUAAAUUUAGAUGUUAAAGAAUUUAAAUAUAUAAUAAGCAAAUAAAAGACGUAGUGAAACUCUAGAUAAAAGUAUAUGUAGUAAAUAAAUAAAUAAAAUAAAAUAAACUAAAUAAAUAAUGAAUAGUUUAAAAAUAUCAGAAAUAAGCUUCAAAAGUGGAAAACAAGCUAAGAGAAUAUGAGAAUAAAUGAAUUAUAAAGAAUUUGCGAAAAGAAGCAAGAGCGUAACAAAAGUAUUGAUAAUAAGGAAAGAAAACAAAAAUAAUUAUUAUAAAUUCUAUUAAAUGUAGAAACCUUAUUAAAAUUCCAUGAAAAUUAAGCAAACAAAAAGAAAAAACAUUACAAAUGUUCACCGAAACUGCCGACGCGCAGUCAAAAUAUUGUAAUUAGAAAUGCAAGCGUUAAUACAGUGGGCACCAUUUUAUUUGGAUAAAUUUUACUGCUUUUAUAUUAACUAUGAUUUUCUGAAAGAAGAGAGAAAUCUUCAUUACACUUUUUUGUAACCCAAACACAAAAUAUUUACUUUAUAAAUCAGUGAAAUAGUAUCGAGAAGCUAUUUUUGUUAUGUAUUUUUCCUCCAUAUAAAUAUGAACAUAUAUGAACACUUAGAAGCAUUUUCCAUACACUCAAGGUUAAGGUAAUUACUUAUGGUUUUUCCUUUAUAUCUGUCAUCUGAAGUCAUGAAGGUACCACUAAAAAAUCAGUGACAAUUGUAGAAACAAAAUGCUAUUCAGUAAAGAAAAAAGUUAUCAUUAAAACCGAUGCGAUUCUUCUAUUCAAAAUAAUAUUAAUCAACAUGCUUCCAUAUAUUCUUCUGAUAUCCAUUAUUAAGAUAACUACAAUACUAGUGUUCUCCACUUAAGAGUAAGAUCUCUCAUAAGGGUUCUGAUAAUCUUUUUAGAAAUUCUGUAACACUCCUAUUCUACAACUAUAUUUUUUCCACUAUACAAAGCGAAGAAAGAUUACUGAAUAUAGGAUAUAAAAAAGAUAUCUUCAUUAUCGCUCACCUUGAAUCCCUGAGAGCAAAGAUCACUCACUAUCAACACAAACUUCCGCGUUAAUAUUUUUACAAUUAUAUAUACUUUCAACAAUAUUUCUUAUCAGUAUAUUUCUAUUUCUCAUAAUAUUUCUUUUUUGUUCGCACAAAGAAUAUUUUAUUGCUAAAAAUUUUAAUAGUUCUUUAUUUUAUAUCUAUUUGGUUUUGUAUGUACAUUACCCACUGUACUUCUGCCGCAUUGUAACUAUAUUGAAAUAAAAAAAGAAGCAGAAAAUACAUACAUAACUAUUUGUAGAUAAGCGCAUUUAAUGUACACAAUUCAGUAUGAGAAUAAACAGACAUUCAAAUCAUUAAAAA